AUGGCUCUGUUGUAUGAGACUGCUCCAACGUUUGAAGAUACUUGGAUUGAGUGCCUCGGCGACUUGGGCCGCUAUCGUAUGGCUAUUGAGGAUGAUGAUCUGAAGGAUAGAGAGGUUUGGACCUCAGUUUCUCGCCAUUGGUACUCAAAGGCCAGUGACAAGGCCCCUCAAACAGGUCGUCUUUACCAUCACCUCGCCAUUUUGGCACGCCCGAAUGCCCUGCAGCAACUGUUCCACUACACCAAGUCUCUCUGCGUGCCACUUCCCUUCCUGUCUGCUCGCGAGUCAAUCAUGACUCUGUUCGAUCCGCAUCUCAAUGGCACUCCGACAAGGCUGCAGGAGAUUGACGCAGCCUUUGUCCACUCUCAUGGGAUCCUCUUUUCGGGGAAGAACACCGACCAACUCUCAUCGUCGGUCAGCGAGUUCAUAGAUAACUUGGACAACAACAUCGCACGUCACACCCGUUGCUGGCUUGAUAGCGGGUACUAUAUCUCUAUCGCAUUAGGCUGCGCACUUCUCGAAUAUGGUAGUGAGAGCAAUCCCAUCAUGAGAGCCAUCAAAUCAGGCCGCGCGGACGACGCCGACGUCCAGAUGAACGAAACUGAAGCUCCCAUCGCUCCAACGCAGAAGUUCCUAGACGCUCUCGACUUUGCUACUCGCACCCACAAUGUGGUUUUCAGACGAUUCGGCGACGACAACACCAGACCCUACUUGCACGUCACCCUCUCUUUUCUCUACCACAUGUCUCAGUUUCCCGCUGCAAUGGCACUUCUAGAAGAAAAGAUGCCCUGGAGACUGAUUUCCUUGCUCCUCAACACGAUAAUAAUCAAAGACGUGCCCAUUGAGACCAUCGAGUCCAAGGAGUUUCCUCGGCCAGACAAGGGGGAUCCUCGUCCUCUCCCUGACGAUUUUGCGCAGCGGGGCCUUCUGUGGGUUGAUAGCUAUUACCCCAACGAUUGGUUCACGGCCACAAAGGUAGAUGACGACGAUAAAUACUUUGAAGUAGCAUCAAUGAUGGAAGAGCGUUCAUCCCGCUGUCUUUGGCUUGGCUGUCGGCUUGCAGCAUCAGGCAAGUGGUUGACUUACACAAGAGACGGACGAUUUGGGGUUGCGUCAUAAUACGACAUGAAGAUUUCUGAUCUGAGCAACGAUGCUACGCACCAAUCCAGUGGAGAGGGUGUCAACGAUACGAGAAUGCCAGAUGCUCCAGAAGCCAGCAAUUGAUGGUGCUUCAUGGGGUACUUUUGUGAAUGGGUUACGAUAGAAGGUGAAAGGCGUUCUCUGCGUGUGGCUUACUUGGUUGUAUUUCAGGAAACAAAGAAUUUUCUCGGUGUCAUGGGGCUAGUUGUUUUGUUCCUGUGUUUUUUUCUCAACGCGACAUUCCCCUCGGUGUUGUUGCUUGAAUAGGAU